UCUCAGUGAUCGGGAGUCGGGAGCUGCUGUGCUGCUCAUUACAGUACAAGCCUGGCCCACGCUUUCCCCUUGAGGCAGCGAGCGAGCCAGGCACGCACUCGCACAAACUUGUUUGUAGAGACGCCGACGAGGAGGAGCAGGAGAAGAGGAGUCGGGGAUGCUGAGGUGAGCGUCUUCUUUGGUUUCGAUUCUGUCGUGGCAUUCGCAUCGAGAAGAGAGAUUUGUGUGGCGGAGUGAGCCGGCAAUCUGAUCUCGAGAGGAAGGAAUUAGCAGUCUCCGAUUCACUUGCUACCUGCAGGACUGGCGAAAUGUUGAGGGUGGCGAGCAGGCGUCUGUUGCCAGCGCAGGCUGAAAUUUCUGGAUCAAUAUGGGAAGGAAGGAUGCUGGCUGCGAGCCGUGACUUUCAUUCGACACCUGCUUCGGCUGCACCUACACCCGACCCAAGAGAACCAAAGGACUGGAGCACAGUUCUCGACAAGAGUAUGAACACUUUGUUUCUGACGGAGCUGUUCCGUGGUAUGAACCUGACUCUGAAGCACUUCUUCGACAGAAAAGUAACCAUCAAUUACCCAUUCGAGAAGGGUCCCUUGAGCCCACGAUUCCGAGGAGAGCAUGCACUUCGUCGCUAUGCCUCUGGCGAGGAGAGAUGUAUCGCCUGCAAACUAUGUGAAGCUGUGUGCCCUGCACAAGCUAUUACUAUUGAGGCCGAGGCACGAGAGGAUGGUAGUCGGCGUACGACCAGGUAUGACAUCGACAUGACGAAGUGUAUCUAUUGUGGCUUCUGUCAAGAAGCGUGCCCAGUGGAUGCAAUUGUUGAAGGACCGAACUUCGAAUUUGUCACCGAGACUCAUGAGGAACUUCUAUAUGAUAAGGAAAAGCUGUUGGAAAAUGGUGACCGAUGGGAGACUGAAAUCGCGGAAAAUUUGCGCACUGAAUCUCUUUACCGUUAAGCUUGCAGUUUCACAACGAUACUAUUCAGAUCAGCACAGUCAAUAUAAGGCUAUUAUUCGAAGCUUCCAUCCUCAAGGACCUGGUGAGCUGUUCAUUGACUUUGCAUCAUACUGCAAAUUGGCGGAAAAUAAGUGGAGCUUUCUACCCCUCCCUUUUGAGUGUGCUGCCGUAGAAACACGAGAAAGACAGCUCCUGGUGAACAACUUUUUUGAAUUUGGUCCGUCGUAUUCCCUUUUUGGAACACUUUCAGUUCCAAGUAUAAGUCAUCCGGAUGACAAAUUUUAUUCCAUGCAUUCCGAUAUUUGAUAUGUCUGAUGUAGCUUCUAUUUUGAGCUUCGCAAGUUUAGAACUACCUUUGGUGACCUUAUUGGCUGGGGUGCCGUGACCCAGAGAGGAGAGUCUGUUAUCAGGAAGUGAAGCACAACCGGACAGACUCUAUUGAAUGUGCUCUGCUGGCCCAAGCUUUUUCCACAGUCUGUGCAUUCGAAACAGAAUAGCGGACAAGAAAAUGUGAUGACGUCAUCAUGUAAGAAGAGGGAGGCUGUUUCUUGUAGCACUAGUGCGUUGUCAUGGACGACAUGUUCCUGAGUUGACACCGGAAAGUGAAUGAUUUAAAGAUGGACCAACAGUAGCAAGGUAGUUGAGUUUUGAAUGUAGAGUACUGAUCAUUGAGUAAAGGGAAGCCUGAGUCCAAAUAUCGUGGUAUCCGAUCGUGUCUUCUCAGGAUAAUGGUACUCCUCUUUCACAGGUUCGGUUGCGGACAAUAAUGGAUAACCAUGUUCGAAGGGUCUGAUGUCUUCUCAGACGUCACUGAAGGAUUGCAUGGUUUCAUUUCUGCGUUUUCACUGUACUUGUACCCCUAGGUUGUUGUCCACUUUUGGCAGAGGUGAAUAAUGGAGAUAGUUAAUCCUUGAAACUUAUUUCUUCUAUCAAAGACACU